GUCGGCGAAGAACUGCGCAAGGUUUAUAAGCAUACCUGGCGGCGAAAUUCCUUUAAAAAACUUCUCGAACCUUUCUAACGUCUUUCCAAUCGCACUCGAUUCAAUUGAUUUCCCCAACAAUACGAAGAACAAGAGCAGGGAAAACAAAGGGGUUUUGAGUGUCCAUUAAGAUUUAAAGAUGUAUGGCGUGGAGGACGAGGAGGAGUAUGGGAACAACAGUGUGAGUGUAAACGAGGAGGAGGAUGGAGAUGGAGAGGAGGAGGUUGAACAGAUGGAGGUGGACGAUGGGAGGGAGGAGAUAACACAGGAAGAUGCGUGGGUGGUUAUCAGUGCCUACUUCGAUGAGAAGGGCCUGGUGCGCCAGCAGCUCGACUCCUUCGACGAAUUCAUUCAAAAUACAAUGCAGGAAAUCGUGGACGAGUCAGCGGAUAUCGAGAUUAAACCCGAAUCGCAACAUAACCCUGGCAGACAAGCCGACUUCACUGAGACUGUUUUCAAGAUAAGCUUUGGUCAAAUAUAUCUGAGCAAACCUAUGAUGACAGAAUCUGAUGGGGAAACAGCUACUUUAUUUCCCAAAGCAGCUCGGUUAAGGAAUUUGACCUACUCAGCCCCACUAUAUGUUGAUGUCACUAAACGUGUUUUCAGAAAAGGAUUCGACUGUGAAGAGCUAGCAGAAAAACAAGAUCUUACAAAAGUGUUUAUUGGAAAGGUACCAAUAAUGCUGCGCUCUGCAUAUUGCACGUUAUCUCCAACAAAUGAGAAGGAUCUCCAUGAGCUUGGGGAGUGUCCAUAUGACCAGGGUGGAUACUUCAUAAUAAAUGGCAGUGAAAAGGUUCUAAUUGCUCAAGAAAAAAUGAGCACAAAUCAUGUCUAUGUUUUUAAGAAACGUCAACCGAAUAAAUUUUCUUAUGUUGCUGAGGUCAGGUCUAUGGCUGAAGCACAAAACAGGCCACCUAGUAGCAUGUUUGUGCGCAUGCUUUCAAGAGCAAGUGCCAAAGGGGGUUCAUCUGGGCAGUUUGUUCGAGCAACAUUGCCUUAUAUUCGUUCAGAUAUUGCAAUUAUUAUUGUUUUUAGAGCCCUUGGGUUUGUUGCUGAUAAAGAUAUUCUAGAGCAUAUAUGCUACGACUUUAGUGAUGCUGCGAUGAUGGAGUUGUUGAGACCAUCAUUGGAGGAGGCAUUUGUAAUUCAGAACCAGCAGGUUGCCUUGGAUUACAUUGGGAAGCGAGGGUCAACUGUUGGUGUUACUAGAGAAAAGCGUAUAAAGUAUGCCAAAGACAUUCUUCAGAAGGAAAUGCUGCCUCAUGUUGGUGUAGGAGAGCAUAGUGAAACUAAGAAAGCUUAUUUUUUUGGGUACAUCAUCCAUCGACUUUUAUUAUGUGCUCUUGGUCGUCGACCAGAGGAUGACAGAGAUCAUUAUGGAAACAAAAGAUUGGACCUAGCUGGCCCUCUACUUGGAGGACUGUUUAGAAUGCUUUUCCGAAAGCUGACCAGGGAUGUGAGGUCCUAUUUGCAAAAGUGUGUUGAUUCUGGGAAAGAUGUGAAUCUACAAUUUGCAAUUAAAGCAAAAACAAUUUCUAGUGGCCUAAAAUACUCCUUAGCUACUGGAAACUGGGGUCAAGCAAAUGCAGCCGGUACAAGGGCUGGAGUGUCACAGGUUUUGAAUCGUCUGACAUUUGCAUCAACCCUAUCACAUUUACGUAGGUUGAACUCUCCAAUUGGACGUGAAGGUAAGCUGGCAAAACCCAGACAGUUACAUAAUUCACACUGGGGCAUGAUGUGUCCUGCAGAAACUCCUGAAGGACAGGCUUGUGGGCUAGUGAAAAAUUUGGCCUUAAUGGUUUACAUCACCGUUGGUUCAUCUGCUAAUCCAAUUCUGGAGUUUCUAGAAGAAUGGAGCACAGAGAAUUUUGAGGAAAUAUCUCCAGCAGCCAUUCCAACAUCAACAAAAAUAUUUGUAAAUGGUUGUUGGGUUGGAAUUCACCGUGAUCCUGAGCUUUUAGUGAGGACUCUGAGACAGCUGAGAAGACAGGUUGAUGUCAACCCAGAAGUAGGAGUUGUUAGAGACAUUCGCCUAAGGGAAUUAAGGCUAUAUACUGAUUAUGGCCGCUGCAGUCGACCACUAUUUGUUGUGGAGAAUCAACGUUUGAAGAUAAGGAAAAUAGACAUCAAUAAUUUACAGGCUAGUCGGGAAGAGGGAUGGCAUGAACUUAUCACACAGGGUUGUAUUGAGUAUGUGGAUACAGAAGAAGAGGAGACGACAAUGAUUUCCAUGACAAUCAAUGACCUUGUGAAUGCAAGAACUAACCCAGAAGAUGCUUAUUCUCAUACGUACACCCACUGUGAAAUUCAUCCGUCGUUGAUUUUGGGUGUUUGUGCAUCAAUCAUUCCAUUCCCUGAUCAUAAUCAGUCUCCUCGUAAUACAUACCAGUCUGCCAUGGGUAAACAAGCAAUGGGAAUUUAUGUUACUAAUUACCAGCUACGAAUGGAUACUUUAGCAUAUGUACUCUAUUAUCCACAGAAGCCCCUGGUUACUACUAGGGCCAUGGAGCAUCUACACUUCAGGCAGCUACCAGCUGGAAUUAAUGCAAUUGUCGCUAUUUCCUGCUAUUCUGGGUAUAAUCAGGAAGAUUCUGUUAUCAUGAAUCAGUCUUCGAUAGAUCGUGGAUUCUUUCGUUCACUGUUUUUUCGGUCCUACAGAGAUGAAGAAAAAAGGGCAGGGACACUAGUGAAGGAGGAAUUUGGUCGUCCAAACAGGGAGAAUACAAUGGGUAUGCGGCAUGGUUCGUACGAUAAAUUGGAUGAUGAUGGGCUUGCUCCUCCUGGAACCAGGGUUUCAGGAGAGGAUGUGAUUAUUGGUAAAACAACUCCCAUAGCACAAGAUGAUUCAGCAGGUCAGGUAUCAAGAUACACAAAGAGGGAUCAGAGCACAAGUUUGCGUCAUAGUGAAAGUGGGAUGGUUGAUCAGGUUCUGUUGACAACCAAUCAGGAUGGCUUGCGGUUCGUUAAAGUUAGAAUGAGAUCUGUCCGUAUACCACAAAUUGGGGAUAAGUUCAGCAGCAGACAUGGUCAGAAGGGAACUGUAGGCAUGACAUAUACUCAGGAGGAUAUGCCCUGGACAGUUGAGGGCAUUACACCUGAUAUUAUAGUCAAUCCACAUGCUAUUCCUUCUCGUAUGACUAUUGGCCAACUCAUUGAGUGUAUCAUGGGAAAGGUUGCUGCUCACAUGGGAAAAGAGGGAGAUGCAACACCUUUCACUGAUGUCACUGUUGACAGUAUCAGCAAGGCACUUCAUAAAUGUGGAUACCAGAUGAGAGGUUUUGAGACAAUGUAUAAUGGACACACUGGCAGAAAGUUGAGUGCGAUGAUUUUUCUAGGUCCUACAUAUUACCAACGUUUAAAGCAUAUGGUGGAUGACAAGAUCCAUUCUCGUGGCCGUGGACCUGUUCAAAUUCUUACUCGACAGCCAGCAGAAGGACGCUCCCGUGAUGGAGGUUUACGUUUUGGAGAGAUGGAGCGUGAUUGUAUGAUAGCACAUGGAGCUGCUCAUUUUCUCAAAGAAAGGCUUUUUGACCAAAGUGAUGCAUAUAGGAUCCAUGUUUGUGAGCACUGUGGCUUAAUUGCUAUUGCAAACUUGAAGAAAAACUCUUUCGAUUGUAGAGGCUGCAAGAACAAAACAGACAUUGUUCAGGUGCACAUUCCAUAUGCUUGUAAGCUACUUUUUCAAGAACUUAUGUCUAUGGCCAUUGCCCCAAGAAUGUUCACAAAAGAAGUGAAACAACUGAAAGAUCAAAAGAAAAAGGCAGGAGCUUGAAUGAAAUGGAGCGCAUGUUAUCUUUUUCCUUUGUAGUUCCCCCAAGGCUUGUGAUUUCUUUGAUGCAUGGUGGGCACUGGCAAUGCUGCCAAGUUGAAUCACGAGUUGUAGCAAAAUAGAAUCGAAGGUGGUGUUUUACCGUUUACAGAAAAUAAUUUAUUGGUCAAAGAAAUUUGAAAAAAAUUGUAGAUGAGAUUUUAUUAUCUCAAAUUUUGUAAAGUUUGGAGACCAUUUCGAGAAUCGAAUCAAGCAAGAAAGGAAUUUGAACCUAACGUUCUUCCAUUUCUGCUUCUUGUCAACAUAAAUUCCUCUAACCAGGACAAAUACUGUCCUUUCAGUGGCCUUUCUUGUACUGUAUUACUUAUAUAUAAUGUUUGGUGAGCAUAGGGUUUCAAACUUUCAAGUCUUCAAGACGUGGUAAGGAAUUGUGCAUCAUCUGGGCUAUGUAAUGUCUUGGUAAAAGCAUUAUGUGAUUUCGCAUUUUUGCUUUACAAUACUCGCUGUGCAAAGAAUCGAGUAAAUUGCUCAUGAAUUCCAGCUUUCUGCCUCUUUAGGUCAAUGGGGCAGUGAAUCAGAUUUGUCCUUUCAAAAUCUCCUUGGGGAGAUAUUAUCAUUUAAUUGUGUUUAAGGACCUUGUGGUAGAGGAUAGACAUGUUUGCUCACACUUCUGCAUGGCAGCCAAACAUUUUGAGCGCAAGAAAGGCACCAAAUAUUUAUGAUCUCUUAUUCUUUGUGGAUAGAUGAAUAUUUUUCAUUCGAUGUUUCUCAUUGCUAACGAGACCUGAAUUUGGAAUGCCCAGUGUGUUUUCGGACUUUUGAAUACUUGUGGCUUCUGCUACAUGUCAUGUAACUUUUGCUGGUACAGGUCCUGUUGUGUUGGUAUCGCUUUACUGACGAGAAUUUUCAACCACCAUGCAUCUGCUUUUGGAGCAGUCUCUUAACUAAUUGUUUUUAGCUCACCUGAACAAUAUAUAAUAUUCUUCU